AUGGAUUCUCAAAAGGAAGAAGGACCUGCUCCCUUAUUGUGGAGAUUUUCAGACUUCUUGAAGUGGGCUGAGCUUUGCCCUUCAGAACAAGAAAUUGGACAUUCGUUACUGCGUUUGCUUGAUCUUCUUCUUCAGAAGUAUUCAGCGCUGCAGAUGCAAAUGCUGGCACUGCUGAGGCUGUCAGAGGUUUCGAAUGCGGUUCUCACAUCACUGAAGCAUUUUAAUCCAAUGACCUUGAUGCGUUUGCUAUGUCACGAGCAGAGCAUUCAUCGGAGCAGUGGUUCAGACCAUUAUGACAAGGAUCAGAAUGAAGACCUUUUAGACUCCAUGCGCUAUUACAUUGAAGCUGCUGAAGUUCACAAAUCCAUUGAUGCUGGAAACAAAACACGCAGAGCUUGCGCUCGGCUUCCCUUGUGUCUCUUUCAAAUUCGAAUGCCUGAUUUUCAGUGGCUGUACCGAUCUGAAACCAUGCCAGGCGGGCCUUGUUGA